AUGCGGUACGCCUACAUCGUUUUGUACCUCCUCGCGCUCGCCGGCUGGAACUAUGCGACCACAUACCAGGCGUGGCAGUCGCGCAUCAUGUACUACCACUUCGUCAAGCAGCGCAAGCUCGCCGGCCCGUGCGGCGAGAUGGGCGGCUUCACGCGGCUGGUCGCGUCGGAGGGCGGCAAGCCGGACGGGCUGGAGGCGGAGAUGCCGUCCUUCUUCGUGCGGCAGUACACCACCGCCGAGAUUGCGCGCUACGGCCACUUCGGAGUCCUCAACCGCCCUUUCUCGGUUGUCCAGUUCGCGGACCGGGGCGGCUUCGAGGCUCUCCAGGAGCAGUUCGUGUACAUUGCGGAGACCGACCACGUGCUCAUGCGCCCGCUGCCGAACCUGGCGACACUAGACAAGGCCGCCGCUUUCUCCUUCGGCUACAUGCACUGCGGCUCCUCGCACCAGCCUCUGCUCGACAAGUUCGCACCCGGCGUCACGUACUCGGACGUCCAGCCCGUCGGGCCGAGCCCGCUGGUGGUGAGCAAGCCCGUGCUCCGCCGCCUCGCGCCGCUCUGGCUCAACCUCUCGCUCGCCCUCAAGCUCGACCCUGUCGCGGACCGCCGCUUCGGGUGGGUGCUCGAGAUGUGGGGCUACUCGAUCGCCGCCGCCAAGCUGGGGGUUCGCCACGACGUGCUCUCCCACUUCCAGGUCGAGGGCGGCGCCGGCAUCUCCGCGAGGAGCGCGAUAAGCCGAGGCGUCUACAUCUUCCACUACACCUACGGGCUCGAGUACACCCUCGCCGGCCGGCCGCAAGGCUCCGGCACCAUCGGCGAGUGGUCGCUGGACAAAAGGCACUACGGGGGAGCCUACCCGCCGAGGCAGAUGCAGCCGCCGCCGUCGGGCGCCUCGGACGGCACGGCCUGGCUGCUCGAGGCGUGGAACGAGGCGAGCGGGAACAUCUCCACGUGGCCCGAGUCGCUGGCGAUGGGCACUGUCGGAUGGAGGCGUGUCAAGGGGCAGGGAAUCGAUGGCUCUCCCCUCGCCAGCCGCGUGAGUGGCACCGAGUGGAGCUGGGCGGGCAUCCCCGGCUUGGCCUUCCACCCGGGCGGCGAGCUCAAGACUCCGUGGGGCAGUGGCGUGUGGGGCGCCGCCCCGAAAGGCGUUGACUUCCACGACAAGGGCUUCUGCGCCUCCGCCGGCGAGGGGUGCCUCUUUGCAGACUUUGGCGGCGCGCUUCACAACGUCCGGUUCGAGGCGGACUUGCGGAGGUUCGACUCCUUCCGGCUGGGCGACGGGACGAAUGUGAAGGGCGAGAGGAAGGCGUAGCGCAGGCCCUCGCCCGUGGUUGAGAUUGGGUAGCACAGUGAUUGCUCGCGGCUGUCCCUGGGUUGCUAACGUAAACCGUACUUGCACACAGUGCUCUCUGGUUAGGGGUUACAACUCUUGUGCGUCUUGAUGCCGCGUCCCACUCGAUAUGUGUUAGUAUCUGGCCGUGGGCGCUGUUUUGCUGCACACCUUUUAUCCCGAA